AUGAGUCAUCGAAGAUCCACAUCCGGGCCAAGGAAGAUACCGGACAGAUUGCCUGAUAUUCCAUCCAUUAGGUUCUACCAAAAGCUUGGACAAGGUCAUUUCUCAGAAGUAUAUGAAGGAUUAUACAAAGACAAAAUUCCAGCAGCAAUAAAGGUCAUUGAGCGUGGAUCAAGCCACCUUAUCUCAACAGAAGUUCAGCUUUUACAAGAUUUAAGAAAUUUGCCUCACAUUAUUCAAUUAUUUGAAGUGAUUCAUGACGAAAACACCGUGUUAGUAUUUGAGCUCGUUAAAUCUCUCGAUAUUGAUGAUUUCUUUGACUACCUAACUCCUCAUAAACUGAAAACAGUGUUAAAAUAUUUAAUUAUUGCGACAAAUGAAGCUCAUAAGAAAGGAAUUGUUCACCGUGAUAUUAAAUUAGCGAAUAUUAUGAUUACAGAAGACUUCUCAGAUCUCAAAUUGAUCGAUUGGGGAUGCGGAACUUAUAUUACAGAUUCAAUGUCUCCAAAAGCAGGUUCUAGGACUGUCAGAUCCCCCGAAAUGCUACUUGGAUACAGAGCCUAUGGUACUGGUGGUGAUUGCUGGGCAAUUGGUACCUUUAUUUUCGACAUUUUAACAGAUGGUCAGAUUCCUUGGAAGGCCAAAACGAGUUCUGAAGUUCUUAUACACAUGUCGAGGAUAUUUGGAGGUGAUAAUCUUUGUGACCUCGCGUAUAAACUUGAUAUAGAGCCAGAAAGAGAAUUUAGAAAGAGAAUGCGCAGAGAACCAACGAGAACCUUGGAAAGUUACUUCGAUAGUAACUGCCGUGACCUUGUUGACGAUCAACUCGUUGAUUUAAUGAAGAAACUUUUGACCAUUGAUCCGGCAAAGAGAUAUACAACAGAUCAGGCUCUCAACCACCCAUACUUCAAAUAA